GUUAUUAUAUUUAUUGUUAUAUGAUGUAUAAUUUAUAAUUUUUUGAAAAUAUAGAAUAAUGUUUUAAUAAAUUAUAGAGGUUUCUUACAUUUCACCUAGUUUUAACUACUUACGGUCAUCUAGUAUAUUUUGGAUUUUAUAUUUGUUCUAUUAUUACUAAUCUAUGAUUUUAAUUUUUAAUUUUUUUAUUGUUGUAAUAGUCUAAGAUUAGAGAUUUAAAUUAUAAAAAUAUUUUUAAUCAUAAUAUUAGUUUUUUUAUAUUUAUUUUGAAUAUAUUUUAUUCUCUUUCAGUCUAUGUUAAUUAAAGUAAUUAUCAUAAUUAAUAUAUAUUAAUUUUGCAUUAAAUUAAAUUUAAUAUAAAUUUUCACAUAAUUUAACUAUUAUUAUAAUUUGAUAUCUUUAAUCUUUUCUAUUACUGAUUAUUUAUUUUUAAUUUCUGUUCACAUUUUACAUAUUCUUUACUUUCUGAAAGUUAAUUAUAAAAUUAUUUUAAUGAUAUAGUAUUUUCAUAAUACUUAGAUUUAUUUAUUUAUUUUGAUAAUUCUUUACUCUUUAAAUUUAUAUAUCUCAGGCGGGUUUUCUUUAGGCUGAGGCUCAGUUGGAGAAAAUAUUGGGAUUUGGGAGGAGUGAGUGACAGCAGAGUCAGGUUCCUUUGGGUAUCUCGUGGAACACGCGAGUCAAGGCUGAAGGAGGCUAUUGAAGGUAGUUUGGGUGUUGUAGUAAGCUGGUGGGAUCAACUGCGCGUGUUGUGUUACGCAGCUAUAGGCGGGUUUUGGACGCAUUGUGGGUAUAAUGAUUAACGAGACAUUGGAAGGGAUGUACUCUGGAGUACCAAAGCUGACGUUUCCUUUGGUUUGGGAUCAGUUUUUGAAUGCUAAGAUGAUUGUUGAGUAAUGGAGGAUUGGGAUGAGGAUGGAGAGCAAGAAGAGUACGACAGAAUUGUUGGCAAGGAGAGACGAGGUCAAGGAACUGGUGAAAAGGUUUAUGGAUGGAGAAGACUGAAGAAGGGAAAGAUAUGAGAAGAAGGGCUUGUGAGAUCUGUCGUGGAGUUGUUGCAAAAGCCGGUUCUUCAGAUGUUAAUAUCGACGCUUUCAUUAAAGAUAUGAUCGUGUGAGUUUGAUGUUGUAUUUUGGUUAACAAGAAAAUAAACAGAACUCAACGAGUUAUAUCAGUGACGAUGAAUUAAAUAAACGAAACAAAAGCACUAAACGAAUAACUAGAGAAUGCUUAGUGCUGAUGAGGUAGCAUACGCUUGAGUAAUUAAACUGGUCCACAGGUGCGACUACUAAUGGAAGCUUAAGCCCAUCCUUACUACAAUGAGCGGCCGUUGAGCUAAUAAAUUAAAGUAGUGGAUUCCAAUUAUAGUGAGCUUGACAAGAUCGUGGCCCCGUCUUGUACACAGCUUUUGGAGAAGCAGGGUCGCAGGAUUUGAAUUCAAGGUUCUUGCUUGGAGGUGGUGGAGGAAUCAGACGUUACGGUUCAUUCAAAAUGAUUCUACUAUUUUAAAAAAAUAUUAAGCAAAUAAAUUAAUAUAUCAUCAUUUAACAGGAAUUGAAAGGGCAGUUUACGACAACAAACAAGAGAGAAAAGGGAAAGCUGAAAUAAUACAAUUUAAUAUUCGAUUAAAAAUAUAUGAGUAUACUUUCAAAGUUUUCAGUCUGUAAUUACUUGAGGGAAAAGGUAAGUAAAAACGAGAAAUUGCAUUAACCUAAACGAAUAAGGAAAAUAAGGCGGUGCACCAAAUCCUCUAUAUAAACACUCUACCACCCCCUCUUAAUUUCCAUAAAACAAGCUCAAAACUUCAACAGAUCUCUCUCAAACUGUUGUCCUUCACAUCGUUUAAUUCUUUUGUUCCAGAAAAAAAAAGAACCAAAACAUCGAUCAUGGCUUUGAUUAAGAGCAACACCUUCUUCACUUCUUUGAUGAUUCUUCUCGCUCUCUUUGGAGUUGCCGUUGGAGGAACAGUGCACAAAGUGGGCGACUCAAGCGGAUGGACCAUGAUGGGUGUUAAUUAUGAAGCCUGGGCUUCUUCAAGAACUUUUCAAGUCGGAGACUCUUUGGUUUUUGAAUACAACAACGGUUUUCACGACGUUACUGAAGUCACUCACAAUAAUUUCGAGCUGUGUGAACCGUCUAAACCAUUAGCUAAAUAUCAAACAGGAUCAGAUACGAUCAGUCUAACAAAACCGGGAUACCAAAACUUCAUAUGCGGAUUUCCUAGUCACUGCGACAUAGGACAAAAGCUUCAAAUCCUCGUCCUACCGGCCUCGUUGGGUCCCGUUGCAGCUCCAGUUCCUGGACCAGUUCGAUCACCUACUACCUUCUCGUCAUCUCUUUCACCGGUUAAUAAUGUUCCACAACAUCAGAUGGGUCCACCACCAACUCCACAUAGCGCAGCUGCAACCUCUAGUGUUUGGAUCGGAUUCCGCUACUUUCUACUUUCUCUUUUCAUCUUAGUUUGAUAGUCAUUCACGUACGUUGUGAUUCCUUUAGGUCAUAUUUCUAACUUUAGUACGUUUGAGUUGUGUUGUCUAUUUAUGUAUAUAUAAA